CUCUUUAAUAAGUGGAAACCAGGUUAAUGUUUCUCUGCAACUUCGUGCAAUCUACUGUCUAUAUUGCAGCGACGUGGCGUUCUUAUGUACCUCAAAAAUAUUAAUCUAACACAGAGAACCGCUUUCCAGGAUACAAAUAGGGGGAAUUGAGUAAAUCUCUGUACAGGCCAGCAUGAAAGAGGUUAAUCAGAGGGUCGUGAGGACGGUGACUGCAUUUCUGGCUUGCAUAAUAGUGGUGGGAGUUGUGUACUUUGCUAUUGAUGAACAACUCCAGGCUUCCUUCACUCAGAUUCUCAUCAGCUCUUUCCGUUCACAGAUGGACGAUUAUGCAACAGAUCCAGAUAUUCCUCCUUAUAAUUCAUCAGAUGUUACCGACGAGCUAAAAGUAAGCCUUUCAAAAGCGGCGAACCAGGAGAAAACCGUUCUAAUCACGACUCUGAAUGCGGCGUGGGCGCAGAACAAUAGCAUGGUGGAUUUAUUCCUGAAAAGUUUCCACAUCGGUAACGGAACCGAGGCGUUGUUGAAAAAUUUGUUGAUUGUUGCCGUAGAUGAGAAGGCGCUCAAUCGCUGCCGGGAAAUUCAUCCGCAUUGUUAUCUGAUGAAAACAGAGGGAGUCGAUUUCUCGGGAGAAAAGCUUUACAUGACUCGAGAUUAUUUGAAAAUGAUGUGGAGAAGGCUUCGCUUCUUCGGACAAGUAUUGGAGCGAGGAUAUAACUUCGUUUUCUCGGAUGCUGAUAUUAUGUGGCUUCGAGAUCCCUUUACUAAAUUCUCAUCCAAGGCAGACUUCCAAAUAGCAUCAGACCGUUAUAGAAGGAAAGCAACUAAUCUCUCCAAUAAGCCCAACGCAGGAUUCAUGUAUGUUCGCUCCAAUGAAAAGACAGUUGAUUUUUUUAAGUUUUGGUAUCGAUCCAACAAAGUUUAUCCGCGUAAAAAUGAGCAACAAGUGUUGAACAUACUGAAAUGGAAAGAGUUCAGACGCAGGCGACUUAAAUUCGAAUUCCUUGACACUAAAUAUUUUGGCGGGUACUGUGAAAGAACGAAAGAUGUGAACUUGGUUUGUACCAUGCAUGCCAACUGUUGCAAAGGCUUGAAGGCGAAGGUUAUUGAUUUGAGAAAUACUCUUUCCGACUGGGAGAAAUAUAAGCAACAAGAAAAGCUAGGUAAAGGCAAGGAUGUGCUCUGGACAUCUCCAGACGCAUGUCAGCAUUCCUGGCGCCGAUGAAGACUGUUGUAAUAUUAUCAUUAUCAUUCAAUUUUCCCAAGAUAUCUACUCCUAAUUCAAAGGAAUUGGGGAAAAUUUUGAACAAUUUAUGACUAAUUAGCUUGGAAUCUGCUGUAGAAGUCGGCACGUUUAGGUAGUUUUGUGGGAUUCUCGUGAAAGCGUCCGUAGUUAUUUUUGUUAAUUUCCAUUUUCACAUUUUAGAAGAUCAAAUUAACUACCAACUACCAGAUUUAAAUACUUGUUUGCAUCCAAUUUAGACUUUUCAUCAGAAAUUAUUUAGAGCAACACCAAUAAGAGAUGCAUUGUGUCAUGUUUCUGUUCAUGGUGUGAUGUUCUGGGUUAGUACAAAGUUUUAGUCGGAGGAGCAUUUAGGACAAUUGACGAAUCAA